AUGUUUGUCCAGCGUUUUGGAAAUGAAACCCGUUUCAUUGUUGGCGGGAGGACCGGCGUGCCGAUGACAAACGAUACACAUCAGCUUUCCAAAUCGCAACGAUGGCAUCAUGGGUCGGGCCCGUCGGUAUGGCAUGAACCUUUUACCGAUCCCUUUGCUGGAUUUUCCAAAUCUGAGGCCGUCGGCGGAGGACGGUACUUAUCUGAGCCGGAGAGCGGCGACUUGAGCCGGUUGAUGGGCGCGGCAGAUGGACGGAACGACACGGAAUCAAAAUGUCUGGCUGCACCCUCGGGAAGGCACGAAACUUUGCUACAUAAUCCCAGCAAGUGUUGCCUUUCCGGAUCAGGCGCGUAA